AUGGCUCUUAAAAUAAUCAUAGCUGGUGGUUUCGUAUUAUACCUUACUUUCAGUAUAAUGGCGAAAGCAGCCGAAAGUACUGAAAAACCUAAAACAAUCCAUGUUGGUGGAAUUAACUGGACUGUCUAUGAUAAUUUUAUCGAAAAUCUUUGCAAUGGGCAACCAAUAUCUGAAUCUAAAAAUGUGAUCAUUCAAGAUGCUAUGCUGACUGAUAUUGAACCAAUGGCCUUUGAAAUGUGUAAAAACCUCACAUUUCUGCAAUUCGAAAAUAACAAUGUCAAGUCUGAAUUUAUCAACCUUUUGGGUUAUCAUUCCUCUAUAAAAUCUCUGAUUUUCGUUCGGAAUAAGCUGCCAAGUAAUAAUCUUACUAAAGCGUUUGGCUAUCUGUCUUCAUUACAACAUCUGUAA